AUGGGAGUAGCUUCCAACACUGCGUACGGUUCAUUUGGCAUUUGUGAUCCUCUCAAUUUAGCCCCGUUUCCAGAACGUUAUCUCCUUGAGGGUAUGCUGGACGGGAGGAAAACAAACAAGAAUAUCUCCUCGCCUCAUUGCUGGGCUGCACCCCAGACUGCCGAUGUUCGCCUUCCCAUUCCAGAUCCGAUUGGUUUGGGGUCUACACCCGCAAUGGACAAUUUGGCUCCGGCAAUGGUUGUUGUAUCCACCGUUCAGACUACAUGCGUCCGCAUUCUGGACCAGGUAGAGGAACGCACCCCGUGCCUCAUCUACAAGGUGUUUUAA